AUUUGAUAGCAGUCUCAGAAGUAAACAACAACAUACAGCCUCAUCUAAUCUGCUUGAUAAUAUAUUUAAAAUGAAUGCUUUUCGAGAGUUGUGUUAAAUCUAUUAUAAUGUUUAAAUAAUUUAAUUUUAAAAUCCGUAACCGUUAGUAAAAAGUUUAGUGCGGGAUAAAUUAAAUUAUUUUUCUUUUUAAAAUGAAGUUCAAAAUAGACAAAGGUUUGUUGCCAGUGAAGAUACAUUUCUUCUUUUUCUUCGCAGCGCUAGGACCUCUUCUUCCCCAAAUGAACGUGUUCGGCAGACAGCUGGGAGUCUCUCCAGCUGUCAUGGGGAUGGUGACAGCUGUUCUGCCUCUAUUAUGGGCAGCUGCAAAACCAUUGUUCGGUUAUGUGGUCGACUUCUGGCCGAGACAAAGGAAGCUCGUCUUCAUGCUUUUAAUACUAGUGAUGACGGGAUCUUAUUGCGGUUUGUGGUUUUUGCCAAUGCCAGAGGAACCCCAGACGAGGUUUCCAUUACUGGAAUCAGUGUACCAUCUCAACGAUACGGUUUAUCUGAAGCAUUACGAGAAGAAAGGUGACGGCGUCUUGGAGAAGUAUACCUGCCACUGGAACUGCUCCGAGGAUGAUGAUUUCAAAUUAUACCUGUCGAACGCUACAUUCAUCAACACGGUCUAUACGGAUGAUGGAAAUAUAUCCUGCUCGCUCUUUCAUAUGACGUUAGAUGAAGUUAGAGAAGGAGAGACGAUAUGCAUACCUAAAGGAGAUUGCAAUCUAAUAUGUUACGAGGACACGAUAGAGAAUAGGAGUAAAAGAGACGUGAACAGUUCAGGGGUUGAUAUUGUGGGUGUGUUGGAAGAGGAUAGGAGAUAUAAGGAAGAUGAGAGUAGUUUUUACUCGUCGGCCAAGUUCUGGGCAUUCGUAGUUCUGAUGUGUUUGGGGACGGUCGCGUUCAAUGUAGCCAAUUGUAUUGGAGAUGCUGUCUGCUUUGAUGUUUUAGGUCCCGAAAGGGGGUCAAAAUAUGGGGCGCAACGGGCGUGGGGCACCGUGGGGUAUGGGGUAACAGCGUUACUCGGGGGCUGGUUGAUAGACAUGGUAUCAGGGGCAUACAAGGAUUUCACCCCGGCGUUCCUCAUAGCCAUCAUAGCUACAGCGAUCGACCUGACAGCUUGUAGGAAACUCAAUCUGCCAUCGCUGUCCAGUCCGGACGACUCCGGGAGAGCUCUCCGGGAGGUUCUGAAAAUACCCCGCGUGUUGCUGUUCAUAUCGUUCGCCGUGGUCGCCGGCACGUUUGACAGCUUCAUCAUAUACUAUAUGUUUUGGUUUCUAGAGGAGCUGGCGGAGCAGACAGACUCAAUGGCCAAGAUUAAACUGGUAGAGGGCGUUGUCGUCGCAGCCCAGAGCUUCAUAGGCGAGCUCGUGUUUUUCUACUUCUCCGGUAAAAUAAUAAAACGCUGGGGCUAUGGAGUGACGAUGACGGUGUCGUUGUUCUGUUACAGCGUGAGGAUGGCUCUCAUCUCCGUCAUCCAGUGUCCCUGGCAUCUCGUCUUCAUUGAGGGUGUAAUGCAAGGUCCCACAUACGCCUUGUGUUAUUCGACCAUAGUGGGGUACGCGGCGUCCGUGGCGCCCGAGGGGUACUCGGCCACCGUGCAGGGGAUCGUGGCCGGCAUGGAUGACGGAGUGGGAUUCGCCCUGGGGUCGCUGGUGGGGGGGCUGCUGUACAGCUGGUGCGGCGGGAGGAGCUCCUUCCGCGGCCUCGCAGCCCUCGCCCUCGUCUCGUCUCUGUUACACGCGGCUCUGUUCACCCUCGUCACCAGGAGAGAUGAUAAGAACAAGCGGGUGUCGCCUGAAGGAGAGAAAAUGUUGGACAACGCCAUCUACCGGGAGACGGUUGUACCUCUAACAGACAAACAAACUGAACACUUAUAGGUGUAAUAUAUAUAUUAUAUGUUAAUUAAGAUUUAAUUUCUUAAUGUUUCCAUUAAAGUCAACACGAAUCAAAGAUGUCAAGUACAAACUGAUACGUAACGCCAUUUUGUUAAUUUUUGUCGUAUAUUUUAUUUGUAUAUUUGUUUUUUAUUAUUAACGUUCGUUCAUAAAUUGAUGUGCCAUUGAUAGAGGCUUCGUGGUAGCCAUGACGUUGUUAGAGCGAGAUGGCAAUAAUAUUACAUACGGGUGUGAAACAGACAGACAAUUAAAUAAUAGUACUAUGAGCUUGACGGGGAUAGCUCAAGGUUAGGGCGAGCGAGACAGCAAUAUAAAUACAGGGAGCAGUGAAAGAGACAAAAUAUAUCUUUAUUGGUGAUGUUACAAAUAGGCAAUAGUAAAGUUAAGGUGUUAGACUGAAAUGCAGGACCGAGAUAGCAAUAACUUACAGUGAGAGAGGGAAAGAGAUGGAAGAUUCAUUAUUAUAUAAUUUUUAGAACAAUAUUGUCUUGAUUACGUAAGGUAUUGUUAUAAAGUAAGUUUUUUUAAUACCGCCGUCCCGCUCUAAUCUUAAUGUAUGAGAGAGACGGAAUAUAUACUGUUUAGAUGAUUAUAUACGUUGUAUACUGUUUUCUACUGACGUUGAUACUUACUCCAUUUUAUAUAUUAAUUAUAAUAAUUCAAUGAAAACUAAGAAGUUUUAAUAAAUAAAGAUAUAUUUCAUA